CAGAGGCAAGGGGCAGCCUCAAUUGACUCUCUUUACUGGAGGCAGUUGAGCAUUUAGGAUGUUCUCCCACGUACAGACUUCUGGUGGCUCAGGUCACCAAAAAGCCAAGAGUCGUGGCCUUGGUCACCUUUUGAGAUGUUGGGUACGGCCAUUUAUUCAACACCUCUGGCCGUUUUCCCUCAUGGAAGCCAAGAAUCAAAAGGAGCUGGAUAAACCCCUCACGUUCAAUACCAACAGCCCAGACUACCUGGGAAUAUUCAUUAGUUGUUUACCAAGAGCCUUCAAACAACAGGACACCUCGUGCAUAUAUAUAUUUUUGGCCAUCUACCAAAAAUUUUCUACCACCUGGGAGGUGAUGGACCUAAUAAUUGAAAUGUAUGGAUCUUUCCGUCCUGACUGUGUGGCGGAUCAGGAAAAAAAGACUGCUAUAUUGUGGUUUCUGUCCUUGUGGCUCAGAAAACACCCCCAGGACUUUUGUGACUAUCCGGACAUGGCCACCGUGAAGAGGCUGGUGGAUUACAUAAGGUUGAAUGCACCGUCCACAGAGGUUGCUAUGCAAACGGAGGAGCUCCUAUCAAUGCUGGAGGAGCAGGAGUCCACACUAGAUUGUGGCAUCAUCAGGGCAACAACACCAGAAGCCCCAGUGCUAGAUGCCUCAGGAAUGCAAAAGACGCUGCCUCUGAGACCAGCUUCUGCGGCAGGGCCACAGGGAGAUCCGAAACCCCUAGAGAAUGCUGCAGUUUGGGGACCAAUUGUGCCAGAAGCUGAACCAGUACAGCUUCUGAAUUUAGAUCAGCCUCUGCCUGCAUCAUCCUAUACACUCAAUGUGGCUGCAGAUGCCCCCACUGCCAGGCACUCAUUUCUAGCGGCUGCAGUGCAAUUAGGCGACCCAGAACCUGUUUCCCCUCUUCCUGAUGUUGACAUUUAGUUAGGUGUUUGUCACUUCCAUCACCUCAAGUGCCGACACUUCCGGUUUCCAGGGCCACACAUGUGCCAUCAAACCAUCAGGCAACUUACAUAGCCACCCAGGACCUCAAGCUCUGUGUGAUCUAUGUGCAGUGUGGUCAUGUGAUCUCCGUAUGACACAGCUCCAUAAGCACCUGUGCACACGCGCUAGGCAGCCUUUAAAAGCUGGACACGCCCACUCCACACUCUCUUGCUGCACCAACUUCCUCAGGGCUGCGCACGUGUGUCUCUCUCUCUCAAUAAACUCUUA